ACUUGUACAACCAACAUGGCGGCGCUGGACGGAAUAAAGCGUCUGGAAUAUUUAUCUUUGGUAUCCAAAGUGUGCACCGAGUUGGAAAACCAUCUCGGAAUAAGCGAAAAGGAUCUUGCUGAAUUCAUCAUCAGCCUGGCAGAUAAACAUCCAACAUUGGAGGCGUUUAAAGUUGCCUUGACACAAAAUGGAGCAGAUUUCACAGAAACGCUCACUACUAAUUUGUUUAGACUUAUCAAAACCAUGCAAGCGUCCACUUGUCAAGAACAUGAGCAACAACCCCAGAGUGAACAAGACAAGCUGAAAGAGAAAUAUCCAGCUUUAUGUAAACCAGAUGAUCCCGUGUGGAUGAUUAAGUCACGUCACGUCAGCAAAAGCGACGAGCAAGUUGCCGCGGCAGCCAUGAAGGAGCUGGAGAUGCUCAUGCCUCACUGUGCACACCAGACAAACACAACGUUGCACGGCGGCAGUGCAGACGAGGAGAGCGCUCGGAAGCGCCACGGUUCCGGUUCGAGAGAGCGCGACGGCGAGACGACAGGCAAACGGCGACGGAAACGACCGUCCCGCUGGAGCGACCGACCGCCUUGCCCGCCCGGGGACGCCGCCCAGGAGGAAGUCGUCGCGGAGCCAAAGCCCGUCGAGCGUCCUCUGUCCGACGUUCCCGCGGUGGCCGACAUCUACUGCGGGAAAGUGUCCAGCGUGAUGCAGUUUGGAUGCUUUGUGCAGCUGGAAGGCCUUAGGAAGCGCUGGGAGGGCCUGGUGCACGUGUCGGAGCUGCGCAAGGAAGGCCGAAUAGCAGAUGUGUCGACUGUGGUCAGCAGGGGACAAAAGGUCAAGGUCAAAGUGCUGUCCGUGACCGGAACAAAGGCCAGCCUCAGCAUGAAGGAUGUGGACCAGGAAACCGGAGAGGACCUGAACCCAAACCGCAGGAGGAACCUCGACGCCGGUGCCCGGGACGACGCCAUGAGGAAUCCCGACUUUCCUGUGGAGGUCUGCGUGGUGGAGAGCGAGGAGAACCCGAGCGAGCAAAAGAGGAUGGCCAAGAUCACCGACCUGGAAAAGUGGGAGCUCAAACAGAUGAUCGCCGCCAACGUGCUCCCGAAGGAGGAGUACCCGGAGUUUGACGAAGAAACGGGAAUCCUUCCCAACUUGGACGACGAGGAGGACGUGGACGUGGAGAUCGACCUGGUGGAAGAGGAGCCGCCCUUCCUGCAAGGACAGACCCGAUGGAGCACAAACAUGAGUCCCGUCAAGAUCGUCAAGAAUCCCGACGGCUCGCUGUCGCAGGCGGCCAUGAUGCAGAACGCCCUGGCCAAAGAGCGGCGCGAGCUCAAGCAGGCGGCUCGCGCGGACGAGAUGGACCGCAUCCCGACCGGCCUCCACAAGAACUGGAUCGACCCCAUGCCCGACUACGACGGUCGCCAGAUCGCCGCCAACAUGCGCGGCAUCGGCGCCCUGCCUCCCGAUGUUCCCGAGUGGAAGCGGUACGCCUUCGGGGGGAACCAGGUGUCGUACGGCAAGAAAACGGAGCUGUCCAUCGUGCAGCAGAGGGAGAGUCUUCCCAUCUUCAAACUUAAGGAGCAGCUGGUUCAGGCCGUCCACGACAACCAGAUCCUGAUCGUGGUGGGCGAGACCGGCUCCGGGAAGACCACGCAGAUCACGCAGUACCUGGCGGAGGCGGGAUACACGGCGCGCGGGAAGAUCGGCUGCACGCAGCCUCGCCGCGUGGCCGCCAUGUCCGUCGCCAAGAGGGUCUCCGAGGAGUUCGGAUGUCGGCUGGGCCAGGAGGUGGGCUACACGAUCCGUUUCGAGGACUGCACCAGCACGGAGACGCUGAUCAAGUACAUGACUCACGGGAUGCUGCAGCGCGAAUGUCUGAUUGACCCCGACAUGAGCCAGUAUUCCCUCAUCAUGCUGGACGAGGCCCACGAGAGGACCAUCCACACCGACGUCCUCUUCGGUCUGCUCAAGAAGACGGUGCAGAAGCGCAAAGACCUGAAGCUGAUCGUGUCGUCGGCCACGCUGGACGCCGUCAAGUUCUCGCAGUACUUCUUUGAGGCGCCCAUCUUCACCAUCCCGGGCAGGACGUUCCCGGUAGAGAUCCUCUACGCCAGGGAGCCCGAGACGGACUACCUGGACGCCAGCCUCAUCACCGUCAUGCAGAUCCACCUGACCGAGCCUCCUGGCGACGUCCUCGUGUUUCUGACCGGCCAGGAGGAAAUCGACACGGCCUGCGAGAUCCUCUUCGAGCGCAUGAGGAUGCUCGGCCCCGACGUUCCCCAGCUCAUCAUCCUCCCCGUUUAUUCCGCUCUGCCCAGCGAGAUGCAGACCAGGAUCUUUGAGCCGGCGCCGCUCGGCAGCAGGAAGGUCAUCAUCGCCACAAACAUCGCCGAGACGUCGCUGACCAUCGACGGCAUCUACUACGUGGUGGACCCCGGCUUCGUCAAGCAGAUUGUUUACAACUCCAAGUCGGGCAUCGACCAGCUGGUGGUGACGCCCAUCUCGCAGGCGCAGGCCAAGCAGCGUUCGGGCCGCGCCGGCAGGACGGGUCCCGGCAAGUGUUACCGGCUGUACACGGAGCGGGCGUACAGGGACGAGAUGUUGACCACCAACGUGCCGGAGAUCCAGAGGACCAACUUGGCCAGCACGGUGCUCUCGCUCAAGGCCAUGGGCAUCAACGACCUGCUGGCCUUCGACUUCAUGGACGCUCCUCCCAUGGAGACUCUGAUCACGGCCAUGGAGCAGCUUUACGCUUUGGGGGCGCUGGACGACGAGGGGCUGCUCACGCGACUCGGUCGGAGGAUGGCAGAAUUCCCUCUGGAGCCCAUGUUGUGCAAGAUGUUGAUCAUGUCCGUGCAUCUGGGCUGCAGCGACGAGAUGCUCACCAUCGUGUCCAUGUUGUCCGUGCAGAACGUCUUCUACAGGCCCAAGGACAAGCAGGUCCAAGCGGACCAGAGGAAGGCCAAGUUUUUCCAGCCCGAGGGCGACCACCUCACCCUGCUGGCCGUCUUCAACUCGUGGAAGAACAACAAGUUCUCCAGCCCCUGGUGCUUCGAGAACUUCAUCCAGGGUCGCUCGCUCAAGAGAGCGCAGGACAUCCGCAAGCAGAUGCUGAGCAUCAUGGACAGGUCGACACAAAUUGGACGUGGUGUCUUGCGGCAAGUCGACCAUGCGCGUCCAGAAAGCCAUCUGCAGCGGUUUCUUCCGGAACGCCGCCAGGAAGCACCCCCAGGACGGCUACCGCACCCUCAUCGACCAGCAGGUGGUGUACCUCCACCCGUCCAGCACGCUCUUCAACCGCCAGCCCGAAUGGCUGGUGUACCACGAGCUGGUGCUGACCACCAAGGAGUACAUGCGCGAGGUGACCACCAUCGACCCGCGCUGGCUGGUGGAGUUCGCGCCGGCCUUCUUCAAGGUGUCCGACCCGACGCGCCUCAGCAAGCAGAAGAAGCAGCAGCGUCUGGAGCCUCUGUACAACCGCUACGAGGAACCCAACGCCUGGAGGAUCUCCAGAGCCUUCCGCCGACGCUGACAACUGCUCUCGUGGCAGCGGGCGCGUCGUCAUUUUUAAGCUCGGGAUGUAGUGUGAUAUCAUUUUUUAUUAUAGAUUAUCGUAUGGUAAGAUGAUUUUUAAAUAUGACACGAUUUGUAGUAAUCGUGUCAUACUAUAAUUGUUGUCAUUUUUAAUGACAUAGUAAUACAUUGUUGGUAUGAAGACAAUUUUAACAUCAUUUAUAAAAUGGUGAAUAGUAAUUUUUAAUGACGUUAAGACAUUUAUUCCAAAUAACAUUAAUAAUGUCUUCCUACAAAGUAUAUAUUACUAUCUCAUAUUAAAAUUCUUACUACGACAUUUCUUGACUUGAUUCCCAUAACUGAUGCCAAUCUACAAAUUGUCAUAUGAAAAAUCAUCUCACUAUACGUUAAUUGUAGGACAUUUUAUAAUGGUGUAUUGUGAUACAUUUUUCAAAAUGCUAAAAAUUUCAUGGUGCAAGCAUAUAGAAAAUGUCAUACAAUGUAUAUAAAUAUGUAAAUAAAUACAGCAUGUUGUAUGUGUGUGCUGGUGUUGGUUAAGAACCAGUCAGGGCACAGAGUUGUGUAUAAUUUGGAGUAUUUAUUAAGCAAUCUCUUGAUCCACAGUCAUAUUUCGAGGCCUCGGAUGUGACGGGAAGGCUCGGAAAACAAACUCCCUCGUGAGAUUAAUUUAAAACAAAAACACCAUAGCUGUAGUGUAUAUACAAGUGAA